UUUAUCGUUCUUCUGGCUGUCCUCUUCCUCUUCAUCAACAAGAAGCUUGGUUUUGAAACCAUAGGAGGUCUCCCCUGCCUGGAGCAACGAGGGAAAAGAAAGCACUCCAAAGACAGGACUGGGGUCCACACAGGUCUGGCUGAGAAGUUUUGAGAGUGAACUAUUCACAACCAUUAAGAGACCUCCAGUUUAAUUUCUCAUCAUGCUUAUUCUGUAGUUCACAUUAAGUCCAGAGUACUGAGGACGGAACGAGUGGACUCUCUAGACACCAGAUAGUUGGCCAUGGUAUUGACCAUGGCAUCUGAGGAUUCCCAGAACUUCUUCCAGUCUUUUUCUUCCUGGAUAUCCCGAGUUUAUGAAGCUCUCCAGCAAGCAGGGGAAACGUUAUCAGCUCCUCUGGUGCAUUUAAGCAAACAAGACUCUAAAUUGAGUGACACAUUAGACCAGGACUUAGAUGAUAUUAAGAUUCAGGAGACAUUCUUUGAAGAUGAAGAACAAGACAAUGAUUGGAGCCAAGAAGAUGCAAAUGACUUGUUUAUUGAAGAGGAUCAUUUAUCAUGUUGUAAUACUGAUUUGCAGGACUCUGUCCAAAUUUCAAGCCCCAGACUUAGCCAACAUGCAAAGGACUCAUGUUCUAUAAUAUCUCAGUGGCCCAAUCAGACCCUGAAUGACCCCAAGGCCCCACAUGUGCUUUCUUCUAUUGCUGAGGAAGAGCAUCACCUUGAAAAGCAAAGAUGUGGCCUUCAACACAGCUUUGACAGCCAGCUUCCUGGCACUUUAGAAAAAGUUAAUGGAAAAAAGCAAGUUGACAGUAUUGGGGAUGAUGAAGAGCCAUCCACAUCUUCUGACAGUGAUGAGGACGUGAUCAAACAAUUUGAGAUUUCUGUGUCCCGGUCCCAGAGUUUCCGUUCAAGAGCUUCUGAGAAAGGAGAACCUAAGGAAUUGGAACAGAAACCCAAGUGUGGCCGUUUGCUCCCUACCCAUGAAGAAGAUGGCGCCCGAGUGUCUGCCUGCAAAGAUUUGGAUAGAACCAGCCAACUGAGUUAUUCUGAGAUCCUGUCUUACAAAGAUCAUGCCAUCUCUGUUACCUCACGGUCCCCAAGUGAGCGAGGAGACAACAGACAUCAUGGCACCUCUCACCAAGAGACCAGUGGGGUUCGAAGCCUCAGUCGUCAGUCCACUGAGGGCAGCUUGGAGAUGGAAACAGAUUUUAAUAACCGGGGAUUUGAAGAUUCCUAUGCUACUGACAGCUCCUCAGUAUGGAGUCCAGAGGAACAGGACAGGACCAGCUUGCAGGUGCCAUCUGGGGUCUUGGAUCCCAUCUCCAAGUGUGGUGACUUAGAUGUCAUCUUUGAAUAUCGAGCUGCGACCCAGAAGCUCACAGUGACCAUUGUGAGAGCACAGGGCCUCCCAGAUAAGGACAGAAGUGGCGUCAACUCCUGGCAAGUUCAUGUAGUGCUGCUGCCCAGUAAGAAACAGAGGGGCAGGACGAGCAUACAGAGGGGGCCCCACCCUGUCUUCAAGGAGAAGGUCACCUUUGCCAAGCUAGAGUCCAGAGAUGUGGCUUCCUGUGCUGUCCGCUUCCGACUGUACGCUGCCCGUAAGAUGACCCGAGAGAGAAUGAUGGGGGAGAAGCUCUUCUAUCUUAGCCACCUACAGCCAGAAGGGGAAAUGAAAGUGACUCUGGUUCUGGAGCCAAGAAGCAAUAUAAGUAGUGGAGAGUCGCCGCUCAGCCCAUCUGCAGUUUCUCACAGUGAUAGUGCUUCAUCCACGCAGUCGCUGUCUCAUGGAGGGGCGCCAGAGCUGUUGGUGGGGCUGUCCUACAAUGCCACAACAGGGCGAUUAUCUGUGGAAAUGAUCAAAGGCAGCCAUUUCCGAAACCUCGCUGUUAACCGAGCACCUGAUACAUAUGGAAAACUCUUUCUACUCAAUUCUGUGGGCCAAGAGAUGUCCCGAUGCAAGACAUCCAUUCGCCGUGGUCAGCCCAAUCCUGUUUAUAAGGAGACGUUUGUUUUCCAGGUGGCGCUCUUUCAGCUCUCUGAUGUCACAUUGAUGAUUUCCAUUUAUAACAGGCGUACUAUGAAACGUAAAGAGAUGAUUGGCUGGAUUGCUAUGGGCCAGAACAGCAGUGGAGAGGAGGAGCAAGAUCAUUGGGAGGAAAUGAAGGAUACUAAAGGCCAGCAGAUCUGCAGAUGGCACACUUUGCUGGAAUCCUAGGUGUGCCAGCUGGCAUUUGUGGGCUAUGUCUGCUUUGGUUACCUGCGUGGCUGGCUACUGACACAAAGUCUAGUGUGUCCUGUGUCCUAGCAAGCUUUUCAGGCUUUCAAAGAGAGAUUUACUAACCCUAGGACAUUCUGAGUUUUGGGUUUCUUGAAGGUUUUAUUUGAAUUUAAAUAUUGUAAUAGAAAACCACACACACAGCCAAGUGUACGACAUAGAAAAUGUUACCAUAGUUGAGACCACUGAUGAUGUGUUAAUUUGUGCUAAUACGUUAUUGAGUUUUGGUUCACACUGUGGGAUGAAGCUUCCCCUAAUGUCUCUGUUCACUUGGAGAGUAACCCGAGAUUGCAAAGGAGCUGUUAAAUGUUACUAUUUGCGAUCACUUAGGUGUAUGAUCAGAUUUUUCUCAGUGCAAAAAAUUCCAAAAUGCAGAAAUGAAUCAGAUGCUGAGGCUCAUAAGAAAAUAUAACUGUAAUUCAUAAUCCUUUAUUUCAUGUUUUUCCCUUUGUCAAAAAAACCCCAUUUACCUUAAAAGUAAAUAUUAUAAACUUCUACUUACAAAAUAAAUUUGUAUUAAUUAAAUACUUCGUUCAUCUCACUUACAUAUAAUGGUUUCUAUCAGACUUGAUUUACAUGAAUCAUUUUUGAAACUAGAAAAGAGUUUAAAAACUUAUUGUUGGUAAGAGUAGUUUAGAACGUGUAAGAUUUCAAACUUGUAAUUUUCAAGGUUUUUAUGCUGCCUUUCUCACCUAACAAAUUCCUAAGAAUGAGAAGAAAAAAAAAAAAGAAAGAAACCUAUUGAAGUCAUGGAGUUACAAAUUUUUCUGAAUCUGCUGUUCUUUUGAAUUAUAUUUUUCUGUUGUCAAUCAUAUAUACUCAGAUAUGCAUUUUGAAUGUACUCUUGCAUGUAAACCAUGCUCAUUUUCCAUCUUUAGACUGUGGUAAAUUGUACACAGUGAGUCUUCAAUAAAUGUUGAUUUGAUUGGCUCUUGGAAAUGAACAUGUAAACACCUGAAUGAAGAAAUAUUUUCAGCUUAGAUGAAAUGACACUAAGUUUUUUUUGAGCAUUUGAAGUGCCUAUAAAUGUCAUUUUUUCAUGGUAUUUGCAGCAACAUAUAUUAGUCAUUACUUGCAUUCUGGGCAUGUGUUAUUUAGAACACUCAUUUUGUGUGGUUAUGAGCAUGAAAUUUUUCUUCUAACUUUUACAUAUUUAUGCAGUGCAUGGUUUAUUUUCUUUAUCCCUACCUCUGAGCUCUUAAUUUCAAUUACUUUCAACUGGCAGUAAUACAAAAAGAGGAGGAAUGUACAUUUAACCCAGUGCCCAAUGUGAAGCUUUUCUGAGCACUUGCUCAGUCACUUAUUUUUAGCUUUUAUGUUUCAUUGUUGACUUUUUCCUGUCUGUGGGAACAGUGAUAGCUAGUGAUGGAUGUAUACAGUCAAAAACACACAACUCCUCCUCCGCUCUGCAUUUUGACAGAUUGUAAGCGUAGGCUGUAACACUUGAAGAACAUAUUUAUUCCUUGCAGUGUGUAAUGGUUAUCCUGACAAGACCAGACUAGGGCAGAGGAGAACUCUACUAUGAUUUCAGGGUUCAGUGUUGGAGAGAAAUGGUUUCCUAUGGAAGAAUGAGAAUUUGCAGAUUAAGUCUCUUAUUUCAUACAUAUGCUGCUCCGUUAUGGGCUACGUAAUGAAACCAUGCUCCUUUGGGUUUUUACCCUACCUUUCUUUGGAAGACCUCAAAGUGCUUUUCCAGCAUUAUAUCCAUUAACUGCUGAGUGUGGCUCUGUCAUUGAGUAGAACUGAGUGCGAUUGAUUAAGUCGUGGCACAAAGAACUGGCUUUUCACUUCCCUUACUCUCUUUAUGCCUUGUGUUUAAAGGGAAGUAGAGCAGCCUCGUUAUGCUUUCCUUCAUGCAGUCGUAUAAUAGCAGCAUUCACUUUAAAAUUUACAUGUGAAAAAAAUCUGUAUAUAUUGUACACACAGCCUUGGGUUUGUCCCCCUCAUAUUUUCUUGCUGUACAUGUUGCCUGCAUCCCCUGCUUUGUGGUGCCUAAUAAUCACCUGGACUUCAUUUUCUGCUCCCUUGACCCACCCUGUGUUAAAGGUUUUCGUUUGGUGUAGUAAAGAUAUCCUUGUGUGCUUGAUCUGCUUUCCAAUAGUGUUCAUAUGAUGCAGUUUAUAGGAAUGUGCAGCGAUUUAAGGGAAAGGAUGCCUGAAAAGCAUUUUUUAUUUUUAUAACUUUUCUGUGUUGGUGCUAUUCACCAUAUAGGAUGCAUGUACAUCUUGAAAAUACAGCAACGUUCACCCUCAGCUGAUUGUAUAAACAUAAAAUUCUAAAGACAAGAUGCAUUAAAAUAGGAGGCUGAUUUUUUUUUUAAACCUUGAUUUGAAAUUCUAGUUUAGUAAGAUCUUUUGAUUUUGGGCACUUAAACUCCCUUAUUUUCUUGGCAAAGUCUAGACACAAAUGCAUCUAACAUGUUUUUCACUUGAGCUUUUACAUCUACAUUUGCUUUUCAAAAGACUUAUGAAACAUAAUUAGUUGGUUCUGCAGUGAGAAAGCUGCUUUUGCCUAUUUCAUCUAGCUAAUGAUUAAUAUCUUGUGGGGAGAUUUGACAUGGAAGCAGCCCUGGUUUUUGUUGCAUGAGUGGUUCUUUCAGAGAUUUUUUUCCUGAAGAGCACACUUUAUGAAUAAUAUUGUUGAGAACAAAUGAUGUACUGGGUUUAUAAAAAUCUGCUUUGUAACGUGCCUUCUUUCAAGGCAAGAGUUUACACUGAAUUGGGAAAUGUUGGUCUCACCAGUCAUGGUGGUGGCUGUUGUACUCUCUGCUCCCCUCUGACUAUUGUUGAAUUUUUAAAUGGACCAUUCACCAGGCAGCCGAACACCUGCUCGCAGUUCCCUCGCCUUCACUGGCUCCCUGUGUGAUGCACAGUUGUUUUGGACCCUGUUUUUGCUGAUGCUGCAUAACUGUCAGGGAGGUCUUGCCUUCCCUAAAAUAAGAAGAAUUUGUAAUGCCUUUGGGUGUAUUAUCCUAAGCAUUCCACCUGCACAAGGCCUGAGAAAGAAUCCCCACCAUGUUUGCAAGGGGAAAUGAGUAUGGCGUUGCGUUGUCCUUCGCUUUAGACACUGUUAACUCCAACUCCCUUCCUUGACAGUUAAGUGAUUGAUCUCAAAUGUUCACCUUCUCCAUAGUGCUAGGUGCUACAGGAAGUCUGAAACAUAUUUUUUUGACAGUGUGUAGACCUCACGAUAUUUUACAAAUUAUUGUUACCUCUUGGUCAGUCACUGUGCUUUAUAUUGAGGCUACACUAUAUGAUCUUACUGGAAAACCAAAACACUUUUCCUACCAAGUAAAGCAUCAUUUAAGUAGAAAACUACCAUCAGGUUAAGUGAAAGUGCUUCUCUCUGCUAGCCACUAAAUAGACAGAAUUGAUGGUUCAGUGUGGACAUCAAACUGUGAAUUCCCCCAAACCUAGAUAUCCUUUUGCAGCACAGAGGACUCAGGAUGGCAAGAUCCAAAAAAUAAGUAGAGAAGAAUUAUUUGUGACAUGAAACCAAAUGGAGGCAAAUUCUUUUUUUUUUUUAUAAAGAAAUAGGAGCAGAAAACACAUGUGGUAAUCUCUCCUUACUUUAAAUGAAACUGUUGUUUUAAAAAAAAAAAUCCAUUCUGAUUGAGCCAAGACAAAAGCAAAAAGCAAAUGCUGGAUAAUCCUGAAAUGUAAAGAGCAUUUUAAUUUGAAAAAUGAAUCAUUUGUUUAAGCAAAACUAUGAACAGAAACAACAAAAAAGUUCACACAACAUGGGUAUGGGAGAAUUGAAGAAAUUAAUAAUCUGGGUACACUUAGCUUCCACCAGCAUAUAUUCAGGAAGAAUAAAUGAAUAAACCAAAAGACACUCAAGAUUAACAAGCAGUCAUUUUCCUACAAUUUGUGGAAUUAUGUAAAAUACUUAAAGAUAGGGGAAAUGAAACUGGUCUAAUGUUGUAAAGUUAGCAUAGACUGUAUGUCUUAGCCAGGGCUGAAAUGAAACUCAGCUAACUGUGUGGCCUUAAGAAAAUUAAUCAACUUGCCCAUGGCCCAGUGUCUUUAACUGGAAAAUGGAAAUAACACCUACCUCAUAAGGUUUUUACAAGAGAGAACAAUGAAAUCACAGUUGUGCCUAGCAAAGAGCCUGGCACAUAGUUAGUAUUCAGCUUUUCCUCCUCAGAAUCAUGCUUGAAAUAGAAAAAAAAAAAAAAAACUUUUAAUAUUUAUUUCUUUUUCUAAGAGAAGUAAUUUUAACAACAGAAAAAAACUCAAAACAAUUUUCAGAUACUCAGAAGAGGGCUCAGGAAGCCGGGCUGGAUUUGCAAAGAAAGUAGAUGUUCAACCAACAAUAAAAAAUUAAAAAAAAAAAAAAGAAGAUGUUAUCUGAAGAUAAGCCUAGUUUAUGGAAAAAAUUGAGUCUUAAA